AUGGCGUUGAUGUUGGUAAAAUUUGAUCUGAAGAAGCGAGUAAAGCUCGCCCAGACUGUCUGGUUCAUGUACUGGUUUGCUGUAAUGGCCGGCGUGCUGAUCUUCAGCAUGGGCCUUUUCUUUAAGAUUGAGCUACGGAAAAGAUCAGAACUCAUGGACAACAACGAGAGUCACUUCUUGCCCAAUCUGCUCAUAUUGAUGGGUCUAAUAGCCUGUGGAAUCAACGCCUUUGGAGGCAAAAUCUGUUAUGACUCAUUGGACCCUUCCAAGUUUAUCAAGUGGAAGCCCAUGUUGAAGAACUUCUUGAUGUUCUGCGUGGGUUUCAAUGCCCUUUUAUUUCUGACGGCCCUGCUGUGUUUCGUGAUGAGGAUCCCUUUUCAGUUCACCCUGGCAGAAGGGCUAAGGAAUGGCAUGAAGUUCUACAAAGACACGGAUACACCGGGACGCUGCUACAUGAAGAGGACCCUGGACCAGAUGCAGAUGGAGUUUCGCUGCUGUGGAAAUGACAACUACAGAGAUUGGUUUGAGAUUCAGUGGGUUAGCAACCGCUACUUGGACUUCAGCGCGAAGGAAGUCAAAGACCGAAUUGGGAGCAACGUGGACGGACAGUACCUGAUGGAUGGAGUCCCAUUCAGCUGCUGUAACCCCAGCUCCCCAAGACCCUGCAUCCAGCACCAGAUGACCAACAACUCGGCCCAUUACAGCUACGACCACUACACAGAGGAGCUCAAUGUGUGGAGCCGCGGCUGUCGUGAAGCUCUGCUGUCCUACUAUGGAGGCAUGAUGAACACCAUUGGAGCGCUGGUGCUACUGAUCUUUAUACUGGAGAUGGGCGUGACCAUCGGCCUGCAGUAUGUGAACUCUUCUUUGUCCACCCUGGCUAACCCAGAUGACCCCGAGAGUGAGAGCGAAGGCUGGAUCCUGGAGAAGACGGUGAAGGAAACGUUCACAGACAUCAUGGCCAAAAUGAAGGCGAUGGGCAAAGGCGGCAAAGUGGAGGAGGGGGGCGAGGCGGCGGUUGCCACAGUGAGCUGAGCUAACCCCCGUUUUACAUUAAAAAACUGACACCACUCCCACCUGAAGAGGAGAGGACUGGGGCGUGUGAGAAUGCUACAUUUUUCUACCAACAUUUCUAUGUAGAUGCCACACACAUACUCUGCUAUGACGCCCUUUUUAAAUGGACUCCUUCUUUACAAAUGGACUCAUUGCAUUGCUAAUUCUAAACUGUGUAUUCACACAUAGAGAGAGAGAUUAUAGGAUGUCAUGGUUUUACCUUCUGGUUUUUCCCAUCCAAAAAAAAUCCAUCUAACAAUUUUAAGAGAUUUACUGCUUUUGUUUCACAAAUAUCGGGUUUAAGUCUUUCUUCACUUUGCAAAAAGUCAAAUUUAGUUUGCAGCUGAUGGUUAAAUGAAGGCAAACAAACAUUGAUCCUCCUGAAUUCCCCUUAUCUUCAUACUCCAGUCCAACUUUGCACACAGUGAUGGCUGACUAAGCUCCUGAGAUGGAGUAAAAAUAUGAUUUGAAUGAGUUAGUAUGACUUUUGAAUGAAUGUAACUGCACAUAGAAGACAAGUUUGGCGUUUUUAACUGAAUGUGAGAGCAGGAUCUACUCCAAACCUGCAAAGACGACUGAAAUUGGCAGCUAAAUAUCAGCUCCGGACCCCUGUACUCUCAUCAGAUCAUCUUUUACGUGUCCCUUUUGCAUUCAGUCUCUGUAUAUUGACACACAUGUAUGUAUAUUAUAAGAGCUGUCUUUGUACAUAGUGUAGAAAUGCAAAAAAUAUUUUUUAAAUCAUGUAAUUAAGCUAAAUCUUUUAUUUAAAUCCAUGUAAAGUUUGUUUUCCAUAUGU